CCAGCCUCUGGGAAAAUCAAACAGUACAAUAGAUUGUUGAAAACUACACUGAGAGCAAUGGGUGGUGGGACUUUCAAACACUGGGAUACACAUUUACCAAAAGCCAACAAUAAAACACGCCAGGCAGAGGUGACUCUUGGCAAUGCUGCUGCUGAUGCCCACGAAGCCAAGGCUAAAGCAGAUGAUGCUGAGAAAAUCACCGGCACUGUUUAGAAUAAUGCUGUGGCUACUGAAGCCAAAGCUGACAGAAUUUUUGCUGAUGUGACAGGGCUGACCAGGGAAGUGGAUAAGAUGAUGAAGCAACAACAGAAUGCAGAAAAAGAGCUGAAGCGGAAGCAGGAUGAUGCUGAGCAGGGUAUGAUGAUGGCCGGGAUGGCCUCACAGGCUGCCCAGGAGGCAGAAGACAAAGAAAGGAAAGCAAAGAACUCUGUAAACAGUUUGCUUUCUGUCAUUAAUGACCUGCUGGACCAGUUAGGGCAACUGGAGAUGGUGGACUUGAACAAACUGAAUGAAAUUGAGGGUACCCUGAACAGUGCCAAAGACUAGAUGAAAGAUAGUGACCGAGAGAGAGAAGCCAGGAAGCAAGAUGAUGCAAUACAGGUUUACAACAGGGACACUGAAGAGAUCCUGAAGGACAUUAGCAACCUGGAAGACAUCAAGACUUUGCCAUCUGGCUGUUUUAACACCCCAUCCACUGAAAAACCCUGAGGGUGCACUGGGGGUGGGAGAUAUUUCCCUGGUGAGUGGUGGAGCAGUGGUUUGGCUAUGGAGUGCCUUAACACACAUGCCCUCUUCCUUCCCCAGAUCCAGCUCUCCAACUACCUCAACACUGGGAAGAUAGUUGGAGAGAAGUCAGGGCUAGUCAGCCCCACCCUGCAAUGGAGAGCUGGACAUCUAAAAACAUAUAAUCUCCAUCUCAUAGCUAUUCUCAAAUAUUUCUCCUUCCUCUGCUCUGAAACA